ACAGAAGUCACCCCUCUGGAGAAAGGGAAACAGCACAGUCCCUCCCCUCUAAUCAGCUGGGGACCCCAGUUAGAGACCCUGGAGGCCAGCCAUGCCCUUCCAUUCUCUAUCCAGUUUCCCUAGUUACCUAGAAACCUUUAUAAACGUAUAGUCUGUCGCUUAUUUUAGCGUGUGCAACCUAGUCUGAAUCUCACGGAGCUGUUUUGGCUGUGAAGUCACUUCAAGGGGGGGGCAGUUCUGCCGAGGGGUGGCGUUUGCAUUUAGCUCUCCUGUCUCUGAGCAGGGUCAAGGGUGCGAUCCCUGUCCCCUUUAUUAUUUUGUGUGUGCUCAGGAGAUUCUCGCCCAGGGCCCCCUGGUGUUUUCCCAGAGUCUGCGUCGAGAGCUGUGCCCGUGCAGUGAGGUAGACGCCCUGCUGGUCCCUCUCUCCCUUUCCCCCAGGCCAUGUUCUCCACGGACCUGAUGGAGUCCCGGCAGGAGAGGGUGUCCAUCAGCGGGGUGGAGCCGCAGAUGAUCGGCGUGCUGGUGAGCUACGCCUACACCGCGGAGGUGGUCAUCACCAGGGCCAACGUGCAGGCCCUGCUGGCGGCCGCCAACCUGCUGGACAUCAUGGCCGUGCGGGAGGCCUGCUGCACCUUCAUGGAGCGGCAGAUGGACGAGAUGAACUGCGUGGGGAUCCACUGCUUCGCCGAGGCGCACUCCUGCCGGGAGCUGGAGCGCCGGAGCCUGGAGUACAUCCUGCAGCACUUCAGCACCGUCUGCCGCCAGGAGGAGUUUUUGUCGCUGUCUGCCGACAAGCUGACGGAGAUAAUCGCCAGCGAUCACCUCAACGUGCCCAAGGAGGAGACUGUCUUUGAGGCGGUCAUGCUGUGGCUGGAGAAGAGCGCCUCCCGCAGGCAGAGCUUUGAAAAGGUGCUGGAGCACGUCCGCCUCCCCCUCAUCAGCCCCUACUACAUCCACGACGUCAUCGAGUCCCUGGGCGUGGUCCGGGAGUCCCUGCAGUGCCAGAGGCUCAUCUCCGAGGCCAAGGACUACAUGCUGCUGCAGGACCGGCGCGGGGAGCUCUUCGGCCCACGGACCCGGCCCCGCAGGUCCACCGGCACAGCCGAGGUGAUUGUGACGGUCGGGGGGGAAGACGACAAGGUGGUCCUGCGCAGCGUGGAGAGCUUUGACCCCGUCACUGCCCAGUGGAAGUCGCUCGCCUGCCUGCCCUUCGCCGUGAGCAAACACGGCCUGGUAGUGUCAGGCUCCACGCUGUACCUGGCCGGGGGCGAGUUCCCCGACGGCUCCGCCAGCCGCGAGAUGUGGCGCUACGAUCCCUGCUUCGACUCCUGGCUGGAGAUGGCGCCCAUGAACGUGGCUCGCUCCGAGCUGGGGCUGGCCAUGCUGGACGGCUUCGUGUUUGCGGUCGGGGGCUGGGAAGGCCACUCCAGGCUGGACUCGGUGGAGUGCUACGACCCCCACACCAACACCUGGUACUUCGUGGAGUCCAUGAAGAUGGCGGUGACCAGCCCAGCGGUGGUGGCCCUGGAUGGGCUGCUGUAUGUCACGGGGGGAGCUGUUCUGGAGGAUGGCGAUGGCAUGGACUUGGCCCAGGUGUACAACCCCAAGCUCUGCAGCUGGACCGAGGUGGCGCCCAUGCAGAUUGCCCGCUCUGGCUCCGCAGCCUGCAUCCUGAAGGGCAAGAUUUACGUCAUCGGGGGCUGGCACGCCUCUACGGAGAACACGGAUAAGGUGGAGUGCUACGACCCCAAAACCAACCAGUGGACCAUGUGCGCCCCCAUGAAGGAGAGGCGGUACCGGCCCGGCGUGGCCGUCGUGGACGGCCGGAUCUAUGUGCUGGGAGGGGAGGAGGGCUGGGACAGGUACCACGACACCAUCGAGCGGUACUGCGAGGAGGCGGACGCCUGGGAGAUCGUCGGCGAGAUGCCCACCAGCCGCAGCUGGCUGAGCUGCGUGUCCCUGCAGGUGAGGAAGGACGCCCGCGGCGCCUGCCGGCCUGGCAUGGCCUCGGACCGAGAGUUCCCUGCGAACUGAGUGCCCUCCUGGCCGGAGGCCACGUGAAGCCCAGACUCCAGACUCCGCCAAAGACCCGGCUCCCGCUCGGCAGGAAGUUCAACUCGCACAGGGGAGCUGGAGCAUUGCAUGCUGGGACCCUCAGAGCAGACCAGCUCUGCCUGGUGUGGGGGUCAGGUGGACGGCUUGGACUGGAAAAGACUGCUGUUGGUAGGUCCCAGAAGCUGAUCGAAGUGUUACUGUGGUUUUUUUUUUUUUAUUUGUAUUUUUCCUAGUUGCCAUGUUGCCACGCACUGUUCAGUCUGUCAAGGAGUUAAGCUCCCCGGGAUGAUCCAUGGGAUCGGAUCGGCUUAAUGGAAAACUCCCCCCGGAGGAGUGCUUGGUUUUGCCCGCGGAGCCGGCACUGCGUUGCUGCCAUGUGUGGCCAGCGGGCGGGGAGGCUAGGAGCUCUCAGCCGCACUUGGAUAAUUGAAUCUGUGACCACAGCGGGGAGCGGCAGGGACAGGAAAUCGCACACGAGCUCAACAGCACGCUGGAAAUCCAUCACGCGGGGUUUUUUCAGCGGCAAGACAACCUUUAGGAGCCUGCUUUUUUUUAAGUGCAAAGACGGCCAAAAUAAGUCAUGUAGGUGGUUUCAGUGAUGUCAUUCUUGAAGUUACCCUCCUUUUGUGUUUUUGUGCGGUGCCGAAAUUUUUUAAAGGUGAACGCUAAACCAAGCCUGUUUGGUUUGAUUCCUUACCUUAAACAAACUAGCCAGGUUCACCUGUCUGCAGCUGCCUUGCUCAUCGAUGUGACUUGUUUUAGACGUUAUGUGAUCAGGACUCAUAAGUGCCACUACAUGUUGUAAAAUAGUCUUUCUGUAUCCUGAUUUACGGGGAAGCGUUCCCUAACUUCGGUCACUCCCUAUCCUGAUGCAAACAGUACGGUUUUAAUCAAUAACUUCAAUGAUCAUAAACUCUUUGCCACAAUGGCAUGGGUUUGUGCAUUACAGUAAUAAAUCAUAGUAAUUCUUUUUAUCAGGUUAAUUAAAGACUGGUUGCCCUGGACAGAAGCUCAUAGUUUUAGAUCUUAAUCUUAAUAGUUGAUAUUCCUAACAUGGCUUUGGUUGUCAGUACAUUUCAAUUUUCAAUAAACAGCAUGCCUUCUAGUGUUAAGAAUGAUCUCAGAAUUACUUUAAUAUAACUGUAAUAUUAUGAGACUAAAAUUAGUGAUGCUUAUUUCAGGGCAAUUUAUGUAUUUCCAGUUACAAAUUCCAGUGUAACAUAAAACAGUUUGUCACUAUUGGAUGUCAAUAUGAUGCUUCUCAUAUGGUAUUAACAGAAGACUUUACAAUCAGUGAGGUUUGUGCUGUGUUGUCAGAUCUACAGUUUUAGUAUCGAAGGUGAACUGUGAACUCUUAUCUAGGGACAGAUUUAUGUUGUUUAAAACACCAGUAAAAAGGGGAAUUUGAUAUGCAAAUUAUUUCAAGGCAGGAUUCUUUGCUCUUUUUCUUGUAUUUGAAGUCCUUAAACCAAGCGCAUGGAAUACAGCUGUUCUCAAUGGUUUUGAUCAGCACCCAUUUGCAGGAAAAAAGCUGAAGUACCUCAGUGCUCAUGACACUUUCAGAUUAAAUGACAUCUUUGCUGCUCCUGUAACCCCUAUGUCACUGUGAAAUUAUAUUAAUACUUAUUACUGUAUUGUUUUGUUUUUUUUAAAACCCACUGUCCUGAGCCAUGACCUUUGGAAUUUUUCAUUGCCAAGUGAAGACAUUGUGUACGUGCUGAGCUUUCCUUACAUGGAUGUUUUGCGUUAAGUAUACUUAGUAAGGUGCUUCAGUUAAAGGGCAUAUCAGUGACUUAAUGAGGUGUGGCAUGAGUGUUAAUACUGUCAUUUAGUAAUGACAUCUCUACUUUCUAAUCUAGCUGGCUGGUGAGUAACUGUUAUUUUUGAUUGGGUAUUUAAAAUGUUUUGGUGAAGCUGUUGCUGUUGGUUCACUGGUGUGUGUGUUUUCUCUGAAGAAUUGUGCCAAUUGUUCUGCUCAAUCCUGCAUUCUGAGUGGCCUGUUUGUUAGUGAUUGUGAAAUUAGUGGGAAGGGAGCACAAAGUAUGCAACAUGUAGCUUUUUUGCCUUUCAGAGUGGUUUCAUAUAGCACACCUAAAAUAAUUGUGCUUUAGGGAUCAUUCUUUUGGGCUUUUUGUGAUGAUCCUGAACUAGCUGCUCUUAAGUUAAGGCAGUACGGUGAAAUCCUGGUAAAGUAAGUACUGCAGAACCAACAACCCUCUAUGGUCAGGUCUGUUUGCCUCUUACUGCUCCCUUACACUUUGUCUCACGGUUCCUUCUGUUAAUGUUUAUUUCUGCUGUGCCUGAACAAAGGGUGACCAAUGCCACUGCAGGCAAGGAGCUGCCUCAGACCAGAGUGGUUUUAUUGGGUCGAGCUUGUGCUGCGAGUUCUUCCUUUAUGUCUUGGUAGUCAGAUGAAAUAUUGUAUUGCCACAACCCCGCUGAACCUUUCACUUACGGUAGUCUUUUUCUUCUAAAACGUGGCGAGUUAACACUGUGCUUUUGUUACUAUUUCAGUGCGGUUACCUAAACCUCACUCAUUUUUUGUAAGAGAUAACGUUUCUGUGGAAUAAAGUGCUAUUGAAGGUUUA